AUGUCCCUUAACAAACAAUACCUUUUUUAUCUUUCGAAGUACCCGCUCCUCACAAAACUGGCAACCUCAGGGGUGCUUGCGGCGUUAAACGAAAUGAUAGCGUCGGGUAUCUCCGGAGACACCAGGAAGACAGAGCUCAAUGUGUUGGGCAGUAAAGUCAAGGUUAGACACGUUCUUAGCCCUAGGAUUUUGCAGAUGGUGUUUUAUGGCGCGUGUAUUGCCACGCCAAUUUCUCAUAACUUGUAUGGGGUGCUUAACAAGUUCUUCCAGGGGAAGCUUACGCCUAAGAUGAAGCUUUUGCAGUUGUUGACUUCCUUGUGUACGGUGACGCCGUGCUUGAGUGCUGUGUAUGUGGCGUGGCUUCUGUUUUUGAACGGGUACAAGUCGAGUGGUGCUGGGUUUGGCGAGAUCAAGCGCUUGUUGAAUGUUCUUUAUGUGGGGGUGAAGAGAAACUUCCCUACCGUGUAUAGAACGUCUUUGGGAACGACCAUUGUGGCCAUGACGGUCGCUCAGAACUUCUUGCCUCCAGAGCUUUGGGUGGUGUUCUUCUCGUUGGUGUACUUUGUCGUGGGCACGAUCCAGAACACUCGUUUCAAGUUGAAGGCCAAGCGUGAUGCUCAGAAGAAGGCCGAGUAG